AUGACUGAAGCAGCAACCUCACGACCGCCAAAAAGUCGAGCCUUGGUCAAGGGCAAUGUGGCUCCGGAGCAACGUCGUGGGAAGGCAAAGACACGCCCCUCCUUGCCCACCGUCGUCAAGAGCGAUCGGAACAAAGUGGAGGACGACAGUUCAAGUCUUGCUUCUACAGACAAGCCUCGUAUCAAGCAGCUUCAUCACAAGGUGCGAAGCGGCUGCACAACAUGCAAGUGCAUUCGCUCCGGGCGAGUCUGCCUGGGAUACAAUCCUCCCAGACCCUGGAUCUUCGAAGGAGCAAAGCCCAAGAAACGAAACGAACCUCGGUGCUCAAACGAACAGUCUAAGCCAUUGACAAUUGGGAGCGACGGUGGCGAGAGUCUCGGCUCACAACAGACAAGAGACUUCUCGUCCUGGCAUGAUCCCCAUUUGGCGACAACCGUGAAUCUCUGGUUUGGCGAUACGGACGAAGAGCGCCGUAGCUUGGAGUUUUGGUUGAGAGGGACUGGGCCUACUUUGGGCAACUUCGGACCCGACAAUGAUUUCUGGUGCAGUUUCAUCCCUCGUUGGGCAUGGCAAUCCCCUGUCGUCCGACAUCUAAUGGUGGCGGCAGCGCUGGUCGAUGAACAACUGGGUCUGUACCGCAAGGCGACAACAUCGAGGGUGACACCGCGUGUGAUUUGGCACUAUCAUGCCGCGAUCACGAGAAUGGCCAAUGCAAAGGCCCCUGACAAGUUGUGCCUGACGGUUGCGUGCUUGGUCGCCUGGAUCUGCGAGACCAUGCAGCGGAAUUACGCAGCCGCAGGUGUCCACAUCAAAGCAGCAUCACGACUCUGGGGAGAGCUCAGGGCGUCGUCAGCCAGGUUCGAUCGAUCCACGCUAGACACAGUGGUGACGAUCGGGCGGGCGGUCCGAGUGUGCGAGUCGUACUUCGAAGCUGUCCUUGCCGAAGACCGUCCUUCAAGCGACCCAUUGAUUGAUGGGACAGGUCCUGGGGCAGACGUGGCAUGCGACGUCCCGGUUGUCCACUCACUAACACAGGCAAGAGGCUUGUUGUUGGACUCGAUCGCAGCAUUUUCGGCAAAGGAGUGGACAGAAUCUGACGCCCGGCGGCAACGACUCUUUGUCAGGAAUUGGCACCAGGCGAUCCGCCGCUAUUGCAGUCAUAGUCCGGAGUCGCGGCUGUACAAAGUCACCGUCCAGAUGUUGUUCAACGUGGGCAUGGCUUUUCUCCCAGAGAGCGAAGCCGGCUCGUUCAGUUACUACGCCAAUCCGAUUGCAUUGAAGCAUAUUUUGGAGGUUUUCGAACGGAUAUUGGCAGAGAGGCGAAAGGAAAAGCCUAGCGCAGGCGACGAGGUCGAAGAGACAGUGGCAGCGGCCUUGGAGGUCAUGAAUAACAAUUUAUAUCAUGACAAUCUGUAUCAACGUGCUGAAAGGUUGCGUGGGACGUGGACAGACCCCAGGUCUUCCCCAGAUAUGGUCAAGAGCGACCUCAACGCUCAAUCCGAUCAUAUUGCACAGGUAUUGAGCCUGCUUCCAAAGCAACGGAGAAGGGAGCUGGGAGCUGGACGGAUCUCAACCGUACAGAUGGCCUCUAGAUGUGGCGCUUCGAUCGAUUCAUCCAGGGGCGAAGAAAGGCCUGGCAGCACUGAAGGACGACUUGGUGGUUUGCCUAUUGGUCUGGCUUGA